GGUAAAUGACGGCGGCUCCUUGCAAUAAGAAAGCGUCGUUGUGCCAUCGACGUAUAUAAGAAAAUUCCGCCAUAGUUGUUCUUUCUUUGUAAUAAUGUCCGCCGACAACGAUAAUAGAGACAAUGGCCCAGAGGGCAUGGAGCCAGAUGGCAUCAUUGAGAGCAACUGGCAUGAGAUUGUUGAUGGUUUUGAUGAGAUGAGCCUGCGUGAGGAUCUGCUCCGGGGAAUUUAUGCCUACGGUUUCGAGAAGCCUUCUGCCAUCCAGCAGAGAGCCAUUCUUCCUUGUAUCAAGGGUUAUGAUGUGAUUGCUCAAGCCCAGUCUGGAACUGGAAAGACUGCCACCUUUGCCAUUUCCAUUCUCCAGCAGAUCAACAUGACCCUGAAGGGCACUCAGGCUCUGGUAUUGGCCCCUACCAGGGAGCUGGCUCAACAGAUUCAGAAAGUGGUGUUGGCUCUAGGCGACUACAUUGGCUCCAGCUGCUACGCCUGCAUUGGAGGAACAAGCAUUCGAAGCGAAGUCCAGAAGCUGCAAGCAGAGUCCCCCCACAUUGUGGUGGGUACCCCAGGCCGAGUCUUUGACAUGUUGACCCGCAAAAACCUCUCUUCCAAACACAUCCGGAUGUUCGUGCUGGACGAGGCCGACGAAAUGCUCAGUCGAGGCUUCAAAGACCAGAUCUACGAGAUCUUCCAAAAACUGCCGUGCAACACGCAGGUUGUCCUACUUUCGGCCACCAUGCCAGUCGACGUCUUAGAGGUCACAAAGAAGUUCAUGCGUGAUCCCAUUCGUAUCCUUGUCAAGAAGGAAGAGCUGACCCUAGAGGGGAUCCGCCAGUUUUACGUCAACGUGGAGAAAGAGGAGUGGAAGCUGGAAACGCUGUGCGAUCUCUAUGAAACUCUGACUAUUACGCAAGCCGUCAUCUUCAUCAACACCAGGAGGAAAGUGGACUGGCUCACAGAAAAGAUGCACUCAAAGGACUUCACCGUGUCUGCUAUGCAUGGUGAUAUGGACCAGAAAGAGAGAGACUUGAUUAUGAGGGAAUUCCGUUCAGGCUCGAGUCGAGUCCUCAUCACCACGGACCUUCUGGCUCGCGGUAUCGAUGUGCAGCAGGUAUCGCUCGUCAUCAACUACGACCUUCCGACCAACCGGGAGAACUACAUCCACAGGAUUGGCCGUGGUGGUCGUUUUGGUCGUAAGGGCGUUGCCAUCAACAUGGUGACCGAGGAUGAUAAACGCACACUGCGGGACAUCGAGACCUUCUAUAACACCACCAUCGAGGAGAUGCCCAUGAAUGUGGCCGAUCUUAUCUAAAAAAACAAACUGAUUUAUCGAUUUGCCCCUUCAUUUAAAAGAAAAACAAAACUCCGCUUGAUCGUUUCCUUUCCCUGGGAAGGAAGCCUAUAUAAAGACGUUCCAAUCCAAUCAGAUGUCUUGCUAAUUUGCAUACAUGUUUUAACCUUGGUGGCUGUUGCAUAAUUAGAAUACUACCAUUUCAAGAAGAGGAAGCGCUGCAUUGGACCACAGUGUUUAGAUCUCUGUGUACUUGAGACAAAAAAAAACAUUGGGGGGAUUCAGAGUACACAAUAAAAGACAACCUGUAUAGUUAA